AUGUCCAUCCAUUUUGGAUGCACCAACGAAAUCAGCUUCACCGCAGUCUACAUCUUCCGCACAGAUCCGCUUUCCGCUCAAGUAUUGCUAGCUACCGCUUUAGUCCAGGUCCGCCCACAUCAUGGUAAUCCAAUCACCGCCAGAGUGUUGAUUGAUCAAGGUUCAGAGCUCUCAUUUAUGAGACAGUCGCUCUUCAAGAAGCUUGGACAACCGCUACAGCGUGACAUGGUCAUGCUCAAGGGCAUUGGCAAUGUCUCCGCAGGAAGCUCACUAGGUGUGAGCACAAUUGAGCUUCGUUCGCUGUGUACGACCGCAUCAAUGCAUGUCAGCAUGCAUAUUCUACCAACACUGACGGUAGAUCUUCCAUCGUUCGUGAUCGCUGAUCCGAAAUGGCCGCAUCUUGAGAAUCUCAAGCUCGCUGACCCGCAGUAUCUACAGCCAUGCCCUGUAGAUAUUAUUCUAGGUGCAUCACUAGCCGCACAGAUCAUGAACGCAGAGAUUCAACGAGGACCUCGCAAUGUUCCUAUUGCACAAUCCACCACGCUUGGUUGGAUUGUCUAUGGAGCUGUCACCGCUAAACACGCUUCAACAUCACACGCAGCACUACAUGCGUCAGUAGAUACUGAAUUACAAGACGCUAUCGCUAAGUUUUGGGAACAGGAAGAAGUUCCAUCAGGAAAUUCACCGCUCAACACCGCUGAAGAAGACGAAUGUGAAAUUCACUUUCGUCAAACGCAUUAUCGACAGCCUGAUGGACGCUACGUAGUGAGAUUACCGCUUAAGGCCCUUGAGAGUCAACUUGGCGACUCUAUCAACGCAGCUAUGGGGUCACUCCGCAGAUUAAUAACUCGCUUGUCGCGAGAAAGAGAAUAUUCUGACAUGUAUCGUGCAUUCAUGGCAGAAUACAUUCAACUAGGACACAUGGUACGAGUACCAGUCAACGAAUUGCCCGCAAACGCUUACUUCUUGCCUCACCAUGGGGUAUUGAAGCUUGAUAGUGCCACUACGAAGCUCCGCACAGUGUUCAAUGGUUCCUGUGCAACAUCUACAGGAAUUUCAUUGAACGACAUUCUCCACGCAGGACCCAAAACGCAAAUUGACAUUUUUGAUGUGAUGUUGAGAAUCCGUUGCAGCAGGAUUCUAUUCGCUACUGACAUCACCAAGAUGUUCAGACAGAUUGAGGUCGACUCGCUUGAUUGGCCGCUUCAGUGCAUUCUCUGGAUAGAUGAGAAUGACUUAAUAGACGCUUACUGUCUCAAGACAGUCACAUACGGAACCGCUAGUGCACCUUUUGACGCUGUACGUGUGCUUAUCCAACUAGUAAAGGAUGAAGGACACCGCUUUCCGCUAGCUGUUGCUCCAAUGUUGAAAACACGCUACGUAGAUGACAUCUACGGUGGAGCAGACAACGAAGAAGACGCUAUCAAGGCUGCAGUACAAACAAAAGCUCUGUGUGCAGCAGGCUGCUUCCCGCUUGCCAAAUGGGCUAGCAAUAGCCCACGGUUACUCGCUGAAGUCGCUCCAGAAAAGCAGCUGGAUACACCGCUUAAGGAAAUCAGUGAUGCACCAGUAAAAGUCCUGGGCAUGUACUGGAAUUCACGCACUGACGCUCUCCAGUUCAAGUACACGCUACCGCCAGAGACGCCCAAGACAAAAAGAGCUAUUUUGUCUGAAAUCGCUAAGCUGUAUGAUCCGCUAGGACUUCUCGUACCAAUAGUCGUCAAAGCCAAGAUCUUUAUGCAAGAUCUGUGGCUAGAUAGAGUGUCAUGGGAUGAACAAUUGUCACCAUCACUCAUUCACAAAUGGACUGGAUACCGCGAGGAUCUUUGA